AACAUUUAAUUAGCAGUGUGUUGUGCUAGAGCCUUCCUUCUUUUUCCUUCCACGAAGAAAACGGCCACUAUUGAUUGGAUUCCUUUUCACUUCUGUUUCCUUCGGAAACCAGCAACAACCCCCCACCCCCCACCCCCGGCGCACGAUAGCACCAUCGCUUUCGUUUCGCGGUUGGUAACCGUUUUUAUUUCGUUUCCUAACUCAACAACCUCUCUCAGAUUCUUCACUGCUCUUUCUGUUUCUCUCUCUGUCAACCGAACGGAGAAUUUCUCAUCUCAGCGAGAGAGAGCUCUGGGAUUGAGGCUCUCACUUCACUGGAAGCAGGCAGGUCAAAAAUUGGCAUGUGGGUGGGGGGACACUAUCGUGAAAACUCGUCCAUGUAUAAGCGCACUUCUUCGAGGGAAUAUUCAAACAUAGAAGACAUGGAAGAAAAUUCAGAUAUUUUAGACAACUGCUCGGAUAAGGGAACCGUGAAUCCUUCAUGGAAGCUUUCUUUACCACAUGUAGUUGUGGCCACUAUUUCUUCCUUCCUAUUCGGAUACCAUCUUGGAGUUGUAAAUGAACCACUUGAGAGCAUUUCUGUGGAUCUUGGCUUCCAUGGAAAUACAUUGGCAGAAGGUCUGGUGGUGAGCAUAUGUCUUGGUGGUGCCUUGAUUGGAUGUCUACUGAGUGGCUGGAUUGCUGAUGGGGUGGGACGUCGAAAGGCCUUCCAGUUGUGUGCUUUGCCAAUGAUAAUUGGUGCCUCUAUGAGUGCAGCAACAAACAACUUGUUUGGCAUGCUUGUAGGAAGGUUAUUUGUUGGGACUGGUUUGGGCUUGGGCCCUCCGGUUGCCUCUCUGUAUGUAACUGAGGUUUCUCCUGCUUUUGUGAGGGGCACCUAUGGAGCCUUCAUCCAAAUUGCAACAUGCCUUGGUCUAAUGGGAGCUUUAUUUAUAGGAAUUCCUGUCAAAGAAAUUUCUGGAUGGUGGCGGGUUUGUUUUUGGGUAUCUACCAUUCCAGCUGCUCUACUUGCUCUGGGUAUGUUGUUCUGUGCAGAGAGUCCGCAUUGGUUAUACAAGCAAGGAAGAACUGCUGAAGCAGAAGCCGAGUUUGAGAGGCUUCUGGGUGCAUCUGAAGCAAAAUUUGCAAUGUCAGAGUUAUCCAAGGUAGAUAGAGGAGAUGAUACUGAUACUGUGAAGCUGUCAGAAUUGCUUCAUGGUCGUCAUUCUAAAGUUGUUUUUAUUGGAUCAACCCUAUUUGCUCUACAACAGCUAUCUGGUAUAAAUGCUGUGUUUUAUUUCUCUUCAACUGUUUUUAAAAGUGCUGGAGUGCCAUCAGACCUUGCAAAUGUCUGCAUUGGAAUAGCUAAUUUGGCAGGAUCUAUCAUUUCAAUGGGUUUGAUGGAUAAGCUUGGAAGGAAAGUUCUACUUUUCUGGAGUUUCUUUGGCAUGGCAAUAGCGAUGAUCCUUCAAGCCACAGGAGCAAGUUCACUUGUAUCAAACCUGGGAGCUCAGUACUUUUCUGUUGGUGGCAUGUUACUGUUUGUCUUUACAUUUGCUCUCGGGGCUGGUCCAGUUCCAGGUCUCCUUCUACCAGAAAUCUUUCCCAGUCGAAUCAGAGCCAAAGCCAUGGCAGUCUGCAUGUCAGUGCAUUGGGUCAUUAAUUUCUUUGUUGGACUGCUGUUCUUGCGUUUGCUGGAAAAACUUGGUCCUCAGCUGCUUUACUCUAUGUUUUCUACCUUUUGCAUCAUGGCAGUAAUCUUUGUAAAAAGAAACGUGGUGGAAACCAAAGGGAAGUCACUUCAUGAAAUCGAGAUAGCACUUCUACCCCAAGACUAGAGCUUCUUAUGAAAGCUUCAUUCAUUGCUCUAAUUUUGCUUUGUUUGAGCUAUCAUAGUUUCAGCUGAGCAGUUUGUUUCAUCUAUUUUGGUUCGCCUUAAUAUACAAGAGGGAAGCUCAAGGCAAGGAGUCAAGGAUUAUGCGUUGUUCAGCUUGUAACACGAAUACGAAGAGCUUUAGGGAUUGAUAUAGCUGUAGGCUAUAGCUGUGAUGGAGUCGGUAUUGUUUGUGGCUUACGACACUACUCUUAUUCUCAAGGUUUGGGGAAUCGCUGAUUUUGCAACAACGUAAAGGGAAAUCUAAUUCACCAAGAAGGGGUGUGUGUAGGAUAUGUGUAUCUCAUAAUAUCCGUAUACGUACUGCAUGUAAUAUAUUUGUCCUGUCUUCGAGUGGCGAUAUUUUUAAUCGCUUGAAUUAUUGUCCCAUUUUGAAUGCCAAGUAAUUUUGCAUGUCAAAUUCUGAUGUAUAUCGAGGAAAUUAGGUGGAAACAUCCUGAGCUAAAGAAACCCUCGGUAAUUCAUCUGAUGAGAAUAUGUUAAUGGAAAGUUGCCUCAAGGGGUAAUCAGUAAUUUCUUGUAAACCACCGUUAAAUUAUAAGAAUCCUGCUUAG